AAGAAAUCAAGCAAGUAUCGCAAGUCUUGGGACUUGAUGUUCGAUUAUGAGGCCCUCCACGUGACCAUGAUGGGUCGACAUCAUGCACAGGGCUGACCUCGUGCGACAGCGGAGCCAACUUGAGCACGUUUACGCCUGAUUUCACUACGCUCACGAGGCCUCUCAAGUCUUAGAGCAUGUUCUACGAGGUCUCUCGCGAGACUUUAGGCAUAGGCAGAUCGCAGCCACGAUGACUUCAAGUCUGGCCGCAACCGCCUCACGUCUUCUUCAGCGUCUCACGUCCCGGGUCUUGCCUUCCGACACAUCUGAUCCCUCGCGGCGUUUCCAAUUCAUGUCCGAUCUGCACCUUGAACUCUGUCAGCAAUACACCACCUUUGACUUCCCUGUGACGGCGCCCUAUCUCAUUCUCGGCGGGGACAUUGGCCGCCUCAUCGACCACGAUGGGCUCCUAGCCUUUCUUCAGCGGCAGACCGCCCGGUAUGAGCGCGUGUUCUUCAUCCUGGGGAACCACGAGUUCCAUGGCAUGUCAUACGAGGAAGCGGUGCACAAAGCGUCGCAGCUGGAAAAUGAGCCGUCGCUCGAGGGCAAGGCCACCCUCCUGCAUCAGGGCCGGUACGACCUUGACCUUCCGUCCAAGCCAAACAUCACGAUUCUAGGAUGUGUUCUGUGGUCACAGAUUGCAGCCGAGUCGGCUGACAAGAUCGGCAUGAUGGUCAGUGACUUUAAGGAGAUUCGAGGCUGGUCCACCACCGCACACAGCGCCGCACACGCAUCGGAUCGGUCGUGGCUGCAAUCUAAGCUACGCCGUAUCCGCGAGGAGGAUGCCGGUCAAGCGCAGCCACGGGACGUGAUUGUCGUGACGCACCAUGCACCUCUCGUCAAGGGGACGGCGAGCCCACAGCACGAGGGCAACGUUGUGAGCUCAGCCUUUGCGACGGAUCUGUGCGUGGGUGAAGAGUGGAGCAGCGUCAAGCAUUGGGUGUUUGGACAUACGCACUGGACGACAGAGCUGGAGUCGAGGAAUGGUGUGAGAGUUGUGAGCAACCAGCGAGGAUACGUCUUUCCAAGGGAUAAGCGGCCUGUAGAUCAGAGGCCGGUGAAGCAUACCUUUGACCCAUCGAGAUAUAUUCUGUGUUGAAUUGGGACUGAUUGGAUGUCAUGCUGUACAUGUCGUACAUGUGCGUGUUGUGAGUGAAGUCGGGGUUUGCUGACGUGGAGUGACAUGCAGCUGGACGAGCCAACGCCAGCGCAUGAGCAGAGCGCAUCGGGAAG